AAGGAAGAUGAGGCACGCAGUGGCCACGGCGGCGGCAUGACUGAUGUCCAGAGGCAACUUCGGCGGUUCGGUUCCCGCAACAGGGUUUCAGUGAUUUUUUUUUUUGGUUACGGAUGUUUACCUCGGCUGCGACGGCGAGCAGCAGCUUCUCCGCGGCGACGCCGGCGCAGGAUUUCAGUUGCAGGGGCCUAGGAGUAGGCGUUCACAGAGGAGGCACCGGAUACGAUCAUCCUCACCACCAGCAGUCAGGAAAGGGAGCAGGGGCACGGAGGUUACCUUGUUGCCGAGGAACUGGGGCCUAUGAGGCACAAAUCUGGUGGUUUCAACAAGGCCAACCCCAUGCCUGGCAAGGCCUAUGGAGCUCGGAGGAGGGCAGAGGCGCCGGGCAGCUCAGGCAGGACGAAGGGGAGGGGAGGGGAGGGGCAGGGCAGGUGGUACUGGUGGGCGCAGGAUAGCCCAUGGCUACUAAUGGCUGGGGGGCAUAUGCGGACUCCGCUUCGAGGAUUACGGAAACCGUUGCACUUCGAGGAUUACGGAAACCGUUGCUGAUCGCCUGAUUCACACGAACUCUGCCCUCCAUGGCCUAUAUAAGCUAGCCGCUAGUCCUUGUGUUGCCAAGGACCGAGUGGAUCGCAGCGGAGAAUUCGCCAUCGUAGGCCGGUGCGCGACGAAUUGCAGGCCGGAGUUGGAGACCGCCGCCCAAUCAGCUAAUUGACGUGAACCUUUUUAAACGAUCUUGGCUUCCUGGAAUUAGGAACGUGGAUUUGAUCUGCUCCUCCAAUGGCGACCUUUAGCAAGGCUAGCAGGUUGUGUGGUGCAGUGACUAUGCAACCAAAACAGCUGUGGAGUCUACUACUCUCGAGAAUCUUGCCUAAGCUGCUCGGUCUUCCUGGUAUUUUGCUGAAGAAAUUCCGAAAGGAAGGUGUGAUGGAAUUGGAUGCUGCUGCAUUGCCAGAGCUGCCACAGGAUGUGUUGAUGGACAUCUUUGGUACACUUGAGGUCCCUGACCUCAUCCGAGCAGGCUCGGUUUGCUCGUCAUGGCAUGCUACCUACAAAUGCUUGCUCGACCUGAGGCAAUACAAGCAACCCCAGACACCAUGCCUGUUCUACACUUGUGAAUCUGCCGGUAGCAACGUAGGGUUUCUAUACAGCCUCAAGGAAAAUAGGUCCUACAAGUUAACUCUACCGGAGCCACCCAUCCGCAGUAGGUUACUGAUCGGGUCCUCCAACGGUUGGUUGAUUACUGCAGAUGAGAGGUCGGAGCUGCACCUUGUGAAUCCCAUAACUGGAGAACAGGUUGCACUUCCCUCUGUGAUUACCAUAGAGCAUGUGAAUCCCAUCUUUGAUGCAUCAGGUACUAUCCGUAUGUACGAGUUGUCAUAUCAGACACCACCCGACCUGUUUGAUCUCGGUGAUCUGCGCGAUGAACUCUACUUCAAGGCAUUUGUGUUUCCCGAUCCAUCCACCACUGGAAGCUACAUCGUGGUUCUUAUUCAUGAGCCAUAUUCACGACUUUCGUUUGCACGACCGGGAGAUGACAAGUGGACCUGGGUUGGACAAGGUAGCCAAUAUAAAGACUGCACAUAUGUGGAUGGUCUUUUGUAUACAGUGAAUUACUCUGGAGAAAUUGAUGCGUUUGAUUUUACCGCGUCUCCUGUUAAAAUGACAGUAAUUAUGAAAGAGCUGAAGUAUCCUGUAUGUGAAAACAUGUACAUUAUUCAGGCUCCAUGGGGUGAUCUGCUGCAUGUUUGGAGGACUAUUGACGUUCCACCCAAUGCUCCGCCGCAGUGGGUCCCUGGAGAAUGCAUGUUCGAAACCUUAAAAAUACAAGUGCAUAAAGUGGACUUGGAAGCAAAGCAACGAGUGGAAAUAAACAGGUUGCAGUGUGAUAGUGUUUUAUUUCUUGGCCACAACGAUUCACUUUGCCUUAGUGCUCAAGUACAUCCAGAACUCAAGUCAAAUCAUGCAUACUUCAGUGACGAUUUUAAAGAAGUGGCUGUUUCAUUAAAAAAUUGCAUGCGUGAUAUGGGAGUUAUGGACUUGGAAAAUAGUGUCAAGAAGGAAAUUGUCUCUCAAAUUUGGUCCAACUGGCCCUGUCCCACUUGGAUAACACCCAAUCUUAUGAAGCUGAAUCAGGCAUUCAACAGAUAGCUUUUUAGGUAUUAUUAUUUAGUACCUUUGUUUUGUUAUUUUUGUAUCGAAAAUGGUGUAAUUGAUAUUAUGAUAAAAGAAUUGUACGUCAUACAAUGGUCAUUCUACCUAAUAAGAUGUGUAGCGG